CGGGCAACGGUCCGGCGCCGGCCUAGGGACGCCCGACAUCCCUGCUGCGCCGGCGGGUGGAGGCGGCGAGGCAACUCAGCGACAGUGGACUCACACCAGGCCAUCUGUACUCCUGAGGAAGCCGUGGGCAGCCGCUGGGCCGUGGGCGAGCAGGUGACCCCCUCCGGCGCUGUCUACUUGGGGCUGCUCCCGCACAGCAGUAUGGAUGUCUCCUGAGCGUCUUCCCAUCGCGUCUGUGCGGGCCUGGGGCGCCAACAUGCAAGACCAGCGGGAGCUGAGGGGCACACCUGGCCAGAGGCUCCCUGUCUGCGCCCUUCUGAGUGACCUCCCAGAGCAAGCAGGCGGGGGUUCCCUCCGCCCGGUUUCUAAAGACCUCGGUGCACCUGGGAGGCAGAGCGGUGACGCUGUGGAGUGGGCGAGGCCCCACUCCACCCUUCCCCCGCUGGAUGGGGAAGCCAGGAUCUCUGGGGAUAGCUUUGAGGGCUUGUCUACCAGCACCGCCAGGGGUCCAGACCCAGGGGAGCACAGCGGCACCUGGGGGGAGUUUGAAGGCUUUCGAGAAUCCUCAGCUAGCUCUGAACAAUUCUCUCAGUCCUUUGAGCUCCGGGAGAGGCCCUCAGCCUCUCAGCCGUGGAGAACAGCUUCUGCCCAAAAGGAGCACGGUUCUAGCCAGCCUCACCAGGGUGGAGUGACAGGAACCGGCGCCAUCGCCUCUUCUGAGCCCAUUGUCAGCUGUGAGGAUGUUUUCAGGUCUGCUUUUCAAGAAGUACCAGUCCCACAGGCCACCGAGGGCAUCUCCACCUUAGACCACUUCUUAGAAACAAGGAAUGAAGAAAAAUCUGGCCUUGAAUCCGUGCAUAAACUGUGUUCUGAAUCUAGAAAACUCUGGAGGGCUCUUCACAACACUGGGACCACGACAAUCUCCCGAUGCGCCUGGAACGAGUCCCGCAGUCGGGAAAACUUCCUUCCUGUUCUUGGAGUAGACGCUGCUCAGAAGAGCCUCUCAGCGAGCCCUGGCCGCACUCUGGGCGAGCCUGGCCUCCACGAGCCGGAAGAGCUCGGCUUCCGCCUGCAGCGCUGCAGAGCCCUGAUCCAGACCAAGCUCUCGGGGACGCCGGGUGGUGGACAGGGCAGCCUGAUCACCUACAGCCUCUUCCUGAAGACCCCUGUACACGGAAAUGGGCAGUACAUCACGAUUCCAAGGAAAAAGAAGAUUUUCAGUCCUCGUAACCUAAAACUGACAUUGUUUAAUAGUGACAUUUGCUAAAGUGGGAGAACUUUUGUGUGUUGAUGCGGGAUUUCACCGCUGUCUUCCCAGUCUCAUUUGAUACUGGAAACCAGAACAGUUUCGUGGAGGUGGUCCAUGUCAGGGCGGACACUCUGAGGGGGUGCGUUCCUCAGCAGGGCCAGCCGCCAGGAAGGGUGCGCCCGGGUCCCCAGGAGCCCCGCCCCAGCCUGGUGGGGGAGAAGGAAGGUGGCUCUGGAGGCACCUGUGAGGCCCCAGGCCCUGCGCCUGAGCCACACUGCCCGGGACCCCAGGCUGGCCUGGCACGCGGCUGGGGCUGUCACUGGGAGCAGCCGUCAGGGCCCUGAAGGCCCUGCGUGUGUUGCUGCUGCAGUGGCCCCCGGCCCGGGUAUUCACGCGGCUGGGCGUGCGGCGGGGGUGGGGGUGCCGUUUCCCCAGAGCAGGCGUGCUCCCUGCAGCAGCCACACCUGCCUGCCAGCGGGCGAGCAGCCUGUCAUCAGCUAGGGAAGAGACCCCUCCAACGAAAGAGCCCAGCAGGCGGCACUGACUUUUGUAAAAUUGUAUUAAAUGAAACAGCCUGGA